UAUCCAGAACCAUGAAGAGAAGGAUGAGACAAAAUCAAAAAUUUCCUCGUCCCAAUGUCGAUGCAAGGUCGUGGUCUUUGUGGGUUAUACCGUGUGUGUGUAUAUAUAUAUAGAGAGAGAGAGAGAUGCAUAUUUUCUGACAUGAUUGCCGACCUCAUCAGCUUCCACCAAAGUACAGAGUCAUUCUACAAAUAUUUAAUGUAAACUUUUCAAACCUCCGCGUUUCCAAGCUGCCGUUGACAAUCUCCAUUCAAAAGUCGGUCUCUCUUUGAAUGCCCUUUCCACACUCCUUUCCCUUCAGGUCUUGCGCAUUUAUUUCGCUUUAGAAAAUAUGCCAGUCGUACAUUUGGGUGCAAUUUAUUUUGCUUAAUUGCCUUCCAUCUUUGUCUCUCUCUAUGGUUGUUACGUUUCUAUUCUGGAUUGAGUUUUAGGUGUGCCCAGUUGGUUUCUUUGAAGCAAAGUCUCAGAUCUGUUGGGUGAACUGCAUACAGGAUCUGUGCUUGCAGUUUUCUGGGUUUGUUGUUGGCUUUCUAAGAAUUUAAAUAGAGGAAAGUGUUUAUUUGGUACAAUUGUAUACUGGACCUGUGAAUUUGAAGGGUUUUGGCGGAAUAAACUAGUUUAUAUUCAAAGGCUGUUGUAGAUAGGAGAACUUGGACUGAGUUGUCUUUUAAGGAUUUGUAAUUUGAUGUUCCUAUAAUAAGAUAUACAGAAGAUGAUUGUAAGGAAACACAUGGGGCGUGCGUCUCCAAUACUUUUGCUCCUUUUGGCAUUUGGAUUUUUCUUUGCAACUUAUAAUUUGUUAACUAUGAUAAUACACAACAAAGCUUCCAAUUUGGGGAGUUGGGUGGUGGAUGGGGUGAAGAGAUCAGGGGACUUGAAUUCAAAAUUUCAUGUUGCCCUUACGGCAACCGAUGCUCCUUAUAGCCAAUGGCAGUGUCGUAUUAUGUACUACUGGUAUAAGAAGGUAAAAGACAUGCCCGGAUCGGAUAUGGGAAAGUUUACCCGAAUUUUGCAUUCUGGAAGUCCAGACAAGUUGAUGGAGGAGAUUCCAACUUUUGUGGUUGAUCCUCUUCCAGAGGGCUUGGAUCGGGGUUAUGUUGUUCUAAAUAGACCAUGGGCUUUUGUGCAAUGGCUAGAGAAAGCAACAAUUGAGGAAGAAUACAUUCUAAUGGCAGAGCCUGACCACAUUUUUGUAAAACCUCUACCUAACUUGGCACAUGGAAUCAAACCAGCAGGAUUUCCUUUUUUCUACAUUAAACCAGCUGAUCAUGAGAAAGUAAUUAGAAAAUUUUAUCCCAAGGAGAGUGGUCCUGUGACUGAUAUUGAUCCAAUUGGCAAUUCUCCUGUAAUUAUUAAAAAGUCCUUGCUAGAGGAAAUUGCUCCCACAUGGGUGAAUAUUUCCUUGAGAAUGAAGGAUGAUCCAGAGACUGAUAAGGCUUUUGGAUGGGUGCUUGAAAUGUAUGCAUAUGCUGUAGCAUCUGCAUUGCAUGGUGUGCGGCAUACUCUUCAUAAGGACUUUAUGCUUCAGCCUCCAUGGGAUCUCGAAGUGGGAAAGACCAUCAUCAUCCAUUAUACUUACGGAUGUGAUUAUAAUUUAAAGGGAGAACUAACAUAUGGAAAGAAAGGUGAAUGGCGUUUUGACAAGAGAUCAUAUCUUGCUGGUCCUCCACCGAGAAAUCUCUCCUUACCCCCUCCAGGGGUUCCUGAAAGUGUGGUAAGACUUGUAAAGCUGGUGAAUGAGGCUACUGCAAAUAUUCCUGGGUGGGACACAUUAACCAGUGACCGAGACCAAAAGUAAGACAAUAAGUCCAUGGUUCCUUGGUUCGGUUCUGAUAUCAGUGACUGCCAGCGGAGCCAUUAUUGAUACCCAAUUGCAUAUAAAGAAAGGAACGGUAUAGUUAAAGGAAAGGAAUGGAUUGAUGAAUCAAGACAAUGGAUCUUUAUCUAGAAAACAAUUUUUGACAUGUAAACAUGAAGGGCAUUAUUCUUUUGUAUAUCCAUGUUAGGUUUAUUCAAUGAGGUUUUGUUUUGGGCAUUUGAAAAUCUUCGUCAUUCAAAAGAACAAGUUUGGUUUAUUGAAAGAGUAAC